AUUUUAUGUGCGGAGAUGAUCUGAUUCCUGACAAGAUAACUUAUAAACCGUUACAACCAAUAUCAAAUGAAACCGGUGGCAAUUUUCAGUCAUUGGAUACCCACUGUUCAAUACUGUAUAAAUAUAUUUCUCAAACCUGGGAGGGUCAAGUAGUUUGGAGGUAUCUUUCUCCAUUUAUACAGGGAACCAUUUUCAUCACCCCCAAAAAUGGCAUUGCAGAGGAAAUUGUAGCUAAGUCUCUAUGGUUCUUUUCUAAAAUAGAACAAUUUCGCAAAAAAGUAAAUAAUAUAGGAGAUAACUACCAAUAUUUAAACUACAUUGAAGGUUAUGAAGAACAAGCCAAAAUUCUUUCAACUUUAUUUCAAUCCAACUUUUAUCAGGAGUUUCGGGAAUCAUUUACUGGUGAAAUGCUAAGCCUACCAAAUGGAAAAUUUUCAAACCUUAUGGAACUUUAUGAAACUAUUAAAGCAAAUGAAAACAUUUUAAGCAUGGUGAACACAAUAUCUCUUGGACUGAAAUGCUUAAAUACCAAAAGAUUUGAUUUUCUGGAAAAUGAAUCAGACAUACUAGCAAAGUCAAGAAUACUAGGAGAACAGUUUCUAGCUGGCAUUGUUAUUUUGCCAAAUGAUGAUGAUGUAGUUGUAAAGAGAGACAUAUCUUCUCAGAUUUCAAAACAUAUCCAGUAUAAGAUACGUAUGGAGGUAGACCAUGUGCCAAUUACAUCCUCAUUAAAGGAAAAGUUGUGGGUACCAGGACCUGAUGGAGAUUUUUAUUACAACAUGAGAUAUUUUUGGGGAUUUUUACAGAUUCAGGAUCUUGUUGAUAGUGCUCUGAUUGAGAUUCAGACCAAAACAAAACCUUUGGAUCAAGUUUUGAUGCAGCAAUUUCCAUAUCCUUGCUUUGUAAGAAACAAUUAUUUGAGUGGAAUAUAUACAGCUCAGCUACUGCAAGUUGUUUUAAUUUUUGCCUUUUCUCUUCUAAUAGCUACAUUUGUUAGAGAGUUUGUCUGGGAAAGAGAAUCAAAGAAUGGACAAAUCCUUCAGGUGAUGGGAAUGAAGUCUUUCAUAAUGUGGACUUCCAACUUCAUGGCAAUGGGGGUAGUUUUUACUUUCAAUGCAAUCCUGGUUACUAUUCUAUUGCAUUUUGGAGAAGUUUUGCCCAAAACAAGAAUUGAGAUAAUUUUACUGACAAUCAUGGCAUAUUCAUUUUCCCUCAUGAACUUUACUUACAUGUUGUCCAUGAUCCUGCAAAAUUCAACCUCUGGAGCAGUUACAGCCUUCCUUUUUCACAUUCUUGCUUUCCUCCCUUUUCUUGUUUUCAUCUCUCUUGACGAACAAAUCAUUUCUGAACUACAAUUCCUAAUUGGAUUCUUCAUGAAUACUGCGUUUGGUUUUACUCUGAUGUACAUCACAAGGUAUGAACAGCAACAGGUUGGGCUAAGCUGGGAAAAGUUAAUGAUUUCGCCAAUGGAUAAUGACAACUUUAAUUUUUUGUAUUAUAUAAUAUUUUUGCUUGUGGAUGGUGUAAUCUAUGGACUUAUUGGAUUUGUGAUAUCAAAGCUGUCUAACAUGGAUGGAACAUGGAGCUCUAGUAGUUCUGGUAGAUCUGUUAAGACAAAAAAAGAAUUUGACGCAACACACAGCAAUCAAGGGAUCACACUGGUUUCUUUGACAAAAGAGUUUCGCUUGGGAAGAAAAAGUAAGCGAAUCGCUGUAAACUCUCUUAAUCUGCAUUUUAAUAAAAAUGAAAUAACUGGUCUUCUUGGACAUAAUGGGGCAGGUAAAAGUACAACCAUGUCUAUGUUAACUGGUAUCAUAAAACCAACCAGUGGGUUCAUUUUGGUUGAUGGAACAAGUUUCAAUGAUCAGUGGGAUAAAUACAUAAAAAUGGUUGGAUUUUGCCCACAGCAAGGUAUUUUAUAUGAAAAUCUAAAUACAGAAGAACACAUAAGACUUUAUUCAAAGCUUAAGUCUAGUGCUCACUCAAAUGUUGAAAAAAAUGUGCAAACCUUACUGAUGAAAAUGAGACUUGAAGAAAAAAAUAAUACUCUUUGCAAGCAUCUCUCUGAAGGAUUAAGACGAAGACUGGCAAUUGCUAUGGCUUUUGCUGGGGACUCCACUAUUGUAAUCCUGGAUGAACCAACUUCUGGAGUAGAUUCAUCUGCUAGACGCUGUAUUUGGGACUUCAUUACAGAGUGCAAAGAGGGUAAGACAAUCAUAAUUACCACACAUCAAAUGGAUGAAGCAGAAAUUUUGUGUGACAACAUUGCAAUAAUACACAAAGGUCAGCUUUUGAGUUCAGGACCUACACUGGAGUUACAACAACAGUAUGGGAAGGGCUUACAAUUGAACAUAAGUCAAGGAAUAAAAUCUAAUCCCCCAACAGAAGUUACAUCUGUUAGUUCCUCACGAAUGUCAAUGAGCUCGCUAAGGUCCCAUUCGGAUCAAAUUGAUGCACAUAUAAGCAGGAUUGUACCAAGAGCUGAGAAAAUAACUCAUUCAGCUCAAAAGAGAUCAUAUACCUUGCCAGUAGAUGAAGGUAAAGAUUACUCCAAAUAUCAUGAACUCUUUGCAGUAUUGGAAAACGAGAAGAAAGAACUUGAAAUAAGUACUUUCUCCAUUGCAUCUCCAAACCUUGAAGACAUUUUUCUCUCAAUGACUUCAGAGGCAAAUUUUGUUAUGAAAGAAAAUAUCAAAUCAAAACAAAAGUUUUGGCAAAGACAUACACAAGUUGGGAACAAGCUUGACACCCAGUCACUUUCGGACACAGAGUCAAAUUUUGAAACUUCAAUGCUCAUCCACAGCAAAAGAGAAAUCAGUGUUAUGAAUGCUUUCACUGCUUUAUUGUAUAAGCGGUACAAAAGAAUGGUAAGGGAUAGAAAAAUGAUGGUGACAUCCUUUUUGCUACCUUCAAUCCUGCUCAUUUUUGCAAUGAUUUUAGGCAAAAUACGCCCUGAAACCUCAUCUCCUGCCUUACUAAUGACUCCAUCCAUUUAUGGUCCGGAAUCAUACACUUUUCUAUCAAUACCAGAACAUAACUUGGUUUCAGAUGCUUUGAAAAACCCCCCUGGAAUAGGAACAACUUGCAUGCAGGGAUUUAAAAGUUCUUCAUCAUUUACAGAAUGUUCUUUUCAAAAGAACAUAACAACAACAGAAAAGGUAGAUCAGGAUUGCUCUUGCUCGAAAGACAAUUGGCAUUGCAAGUCAAGUUCAUCUGGAUAUCAGCUUAGUAAACAGAAAAUGAACAGUUCGGACAUAUUAGUUUAUUUGUCAGAAACUGUUCAUCCCAACAAGUGGAUUUUAGACACACAUUACCAAUAUGUGGAAAAGCAGUAUGGUGGCUGGAGAUUAUCUAAAAAUAGAAGUAUUGUUUACUAUAACAAUAAAGGAUUCCACUCUUCCGCUUCGUACUUAAAUUCUCUCAAUAAUGCCAGACUCAGAGCUGGCCUAAAAUCUGACCAGAACCCCAAAGACUAUGGAAUCACUGUUUACAAUCACCCAUUCAGAAGUACCCAAGGGCAAAUUCUGGGACAAUCAAUACUACAGCAUGUUAGCGAUUAUACUCUUGCCCUUUUCUUACUUACUGUAGUUUCAUUUGUGCCUGUCAGCAGUAUUAUAUACCUUAUCCAAGAAAGGACAACAGAAGAAAAGCUAGUUCUAAGAACCUUUGGUGUUGGACCGAUCAUGUAUUGGACAGUAAAUCUAGUUUGGGACUCAAUGAUUGCAAUAGUCUUUCUUUUGGUUUCAGCCGCAACAAUUAAAAUAUUUGGGAUAAAAUCAUUCUCAGCAGAUCUGAACUUUGUUGCAACUCUACUUUUAUUCUUUCUGUUUUGUUUGUCGAUUAAUACGAUGAUAUAUUUGAUUGAGAAAGCUUUUACUGAACCAGGUGUUGGUCAGGUUCUUGUCUUUACUGGUUCCCUUCUCACUGGUGUUUUAACAUUGAUUCUAAUGCUGCUAAUGCAAAUGUACUGGUGGAUAAAACCUUUGGCGGAUGCAAGAAAGUUAUUGAAAACAUUGUUUUUAAUACUUCCUCCAUAUGCAUUAGGCGGAGGACUGCUGGAUUUGAUAACUAAUCAAAUCUCAAUGGACCUUUAUCAGCAAUUUGAAAAAGAAAAGUUCAGAUCAUCUUUUGAUCCCUUUGAAUGGAAUAUUAUUGGAAAAAACUUGAGUUUUUUAGGAGUAGAAAUCAUGAUCUUCUUUUUAUUAAACUUAAUUUAUGAACUUAUGAAAGAUUCUGACUUUAACAUCAAUGCAUCAACUCAAGAUGUUUUAACUUUGAAAAAUGUCUCAAAGACUUAUUCAACGUGCACAACUGAAUUUGAAGCAGUUAAAAACUUAAAUUUGACAGUUGGGCCUAAAGAGUGCAUUGGACUAAUUGGACUGAAUGGAGCAGGAAAAAGCACAACAUUUAAAAUGAUAACAGGGCAAGUGGACUGCACCUGUGGAAGCAUUGAUUUUGGGUGCAAUCGCAUUGGCUACUGUCCUCAAAAUAAUAGCAUUGAUGAAAACAUAACUGUAGAAGAUCAUAUAUGGAUUUACUCCAGAAUAGCUGGCUACAACAGAAACGAGGCAAUUACAGUUACAGCCGAACUGAUAAAAGAGUUUUGCUUGGAGCCAUACUUGAAAGUUGCUUGCGGACAUUUGAGCGGUGGAAAUAAGCGAAAAGUUUGCACAGCCACUGCUUUACUGGGUAGGCCUGAUCUAAUACUCAUGGAUGAACCAACCAGUGGUAUGGAUCCUGGAAGCAGGAGAUUGGUUUGGAGGAACAUUGAAAAUGCUGUAAAAAAAGGUAUUUUAUUACUAUUGACAUCUCACAGCCUAAUGGAAUGUGACACGCUGUGUGAUCAGAUCUCUAUAAUGGUUAAAAGUGAAGUAGUAUGUUCUGGGUCUCCAGGUAUGCUCAAAGAGAAGUAUGGAAAAGGGUACAGGAUCAAUUUAAAAGCGGGAACAGAUUCAUCAUUAGGGGAUAUUAGACUGUAUAUGCAAGCUAACAUUCCAGAAGCAAAGUUUAUUGAAACCAAGCAAAACUGGAUCCGCUACAACAUACAAGCUAAAAUCUCAUAUCUGCUCGGUCUCUUGGGUGUGGCUAAGUCUUUGAAAAUUGUUGACGGAUUCACAAUUGAUGUUACCUCAUUGGAAGAUAUAUUCCUACAGAUCACGAAUGCUGUCCAAAAUGCUGAACAUCUAAAAGAAAGCAAAUUCCUAAAUAUAGAAGAAAAUUUGUCUGGCUAUGACGCUACAAUAGAAAAUGAAGAAGGAUCUUUAGACAACAUUCCUAAAGCUGCAGAAUACCAACCUCCUGCUUUACAAGAAUAAAAAUGUUUAAAUUAUAAAAUCUGCACCAACACCAGCACCAGCACCAGCACAAUCACAUUGUAUUUAAAGAUUUACUAAUAAAUAUUACUGUUGACACA